AUGUCGCGCAAGAGGCAAUUUGACAAUGCGCCCCAAGAAGCGCCUUCUGAUCCGGCAACGCGCAAGCGCCGUAGACAAUUCACCGAGGAAGAUGCAAAGCUGGCGAAGAUCUAUGAUGGCCUCGCCGAUGAAGCCAGAGACAUUCGUCUGGAUGCCGCAAAGGAACUCGUGCUGAAACUGUCGCCAGAAAAUGCUCCCUCCGCCGAGGUUGCCAACAAAGUCCUUGUACGACUAAUCAAAGGCUUAUGCAGCGGACGCAAAGCAGCUCGAUUUGGAUUCUUCAUAGCCCUUACGGAAGUGUUGCGCCAGCUCUACAGCCCAAAUGCCCCCGAGAUUUCUGGAUUGGAGCCAAACAUCCACGGUCUGGUCAAACUUGUCGCCGAGCUCACACAAGCUGAUGGCAAGGAGAAGAGAGAUCACCUCCUAGGCCGCGUUUUCGGGUACAAAGCGAUCAUUCAAUCCGACAUCCUCGUGCAACCGGCGUCCCCUAAAGAAUGCUGGGCGAACGUCCUCGAACAACUGUAUAAUUUGGCCAGGGAGAAAGGAUGGUUGCGCGAAGAGUGCGGGCUCAUUUUGUGCGAAGCUGUUCGGACUUUGGCCAAGGAGAAAAGUGACCGCAAGCUCGUACAGGACAUUGUGGAUGGAUUGUGCUCCAAUAACUUGGCAAAGACUCCGGAGGGUGUAGCAAUUUGGUUGACGGUGAGCUCGUUAUUCCCGAAAUUUGAGCUUCCCCAAAGCACAUGGCACAAGCAAGACCCGCUCUGCUCAAAAGAGCGGCAGACGCUAGCAAAUGUGAUGAGGGAGAACUUCGCCAACAGUUCAAGCGGAGCUGCGGAGAAUGGCAAGAAGGUCAAGGCCGGAACCUCUCAGCCGACCUUGAACUUUGCGUGGGAGAUUGUCAUAACAACUUUCAUGCAAAAGAAUGCCGAGAAAGAGUCAGACUUUUCCAAGUUCUGGACUGACCUUGUAGACAACAAUCUCUUUUCGGCAUCUGCCUCGCCGGAACAAAAGUCCAAAGGAUUCCAGCUUUUCUCAAAGAUGCUGUCGAGUGCGCCGACGUGGGCUCUCCCUGCAAUCUUCAGUCCAAACCUCAUGAGGUGCCUGAUAAACCAGCGCAACGAUGCCGAGAGAUACCUCCACAAUGCUGCAAAGGCUCCGCUAGAUGAAAUUCGCGCUCGGGUCAAGAAAUCUCCUGAUGCUGCUGCUCCUAUACUGGAAGGGCUUAUCACUAAGCAUGGCUCACUCAACUUUGAUCAGAUCACUAAGACCAAGACUGUUGAAGGCGCAUUGAGCCAAGCUAAUGACGCAGCCUUUGAGAAGCUUUUGCCGCUGUUCAAGCGCUUGAUUUACCGCCCUGAAGAAGAAGAUGAGAAGGUUGUAGAGUCCAGACGACGCACUGUCGCCGAUAUGCUGGUUUCUGCGGUUAGGAGUCGCAACAAGGAAAACCCUGUGGGCGACUCGGAGUCAUGGCUGCAGCAGCUCCUCGUCCUACUUACCGAGCUCGCAUACUUCACCCCUACCUCCUCCACGUCCCCAGACGAUUUGCCUCUGCCAUCCAUCUCGGAGGGCUCCAGAAGCGUGUUCCAAGGAAGGUUAUCAUCAUGCCUUGCGCAUCUUCUUACCACGAAGCUUGACAUUGAGAUGAAGUAUCCCUACGCCGUUGUGUCGGCCACUCGAUCUAAGGACAAGUCUUCAAAAUCUCUGUCGCUUGUUUUCAAAGCCGAUAAAGCAGUUUCAAAGGCUGUUAAACAAGCCCAUAAGCAGCUUGAGGAGAUCGCAACAAAGGAGGCUAAGACGAAAGAAAAAAAGAAGCCGGCCCUGCGAGCUUUCAAGUUGCUCUUCUCCUUGACCAUUCUCCAGGUCUACAACGGAGACGCCGAAGCCGUCGCCAUCCUCGAAGAACUCGAAACAUGUUACAAUUCGGCAUUCCAGAAAGGCGAGAAAGGCUCGGAUGCGUUCCAAAUGCUCAUUGAAGUUCUGCUUGGUUUCGCGGCAAAACCUUCAAUCCUUUUCCGGAAACUGUCAGAGCAGGUCUUUACCACAUUCGCCUCUGAGUUAUCUGCAGAGGGAUUGCAAUCCAUGAUUGAUAUUCUGAGCAAAAAGGAGAGCAUUGCUGGCCAGCAGGACCUCUUUGACCAAGACGCUAGCGAUGUCGAAGAGGUUGAAUCUGAGGAUGACGAUGUCGAGGAAGCUUCAGAUGUGGAGAUGCUUGAUGACGAUGCGGAGGGUGAGGGAGAAGAGUCUGAUGAGGAAGAGGAGGAUGAGUCGGAGUCGGGUGGAGAAGCGGAUCAGGAGGAGCUGGAGAAGUUUGAUGCGCUACUUGCUCAGACUCUCAAGACCUCCGCACCCAAUGGUGAGGGAGAAGAUGAAGAAGGGUCAGACGAGGACAUGGAUGAUGAAGAGAUGAUGGCUUUGGAGCCUCAAUUGGCGAAGAUCUUCAAGGAGAGACAGAAGACUUCGGGAAAGAAGAAGGAGAACAAGGAUGCCAAGGAGACGAUGAUUAACUUCAAGAACAGGGUCCUGGAUCUCCUUUUGAUCUACGUCAAGCAGCAACACAACAACAUCCUCGCCAUGGAUCUCAUACUUCCUCUGCUGGAGCUCAUCCGCUCAACUACAAGCAAGCAGAUUGCUGAGAAGAGCUUCAACUUGCUCAAGCAGUACUUUGACUCUGCCAAGAAGGGGCUGCCUACGCCAUCAGAGGACGCAGACGUUUGGGCGCUGCUGAAAGACGUCCACACUGAAGUGACAAAAGACGCUUCUAAGCUUCAUGCCGGAGCAUGCAGCAGAUCCAGUCUCUUUAUUGCCAAGGUGCUCAUCACCCUUGACGGGUCAAAUUACGAGAAGCUCGUGGACCUGUAUGCCGAGACGCAGAAGCAGUGGUACAAGGACCCGAAAUCGCAGGUACACCCUUCGUUCUUCAACGAGUGGAUGAACUGGUCGAUUGCCACGAAGAAGCAGAACAACCGGACAAGUGCUGAGAACAUCAUGGCUUGCAAGCACGUCGACGUCCCUGAGCUGCGAGCUCCAGGCCCCAACCAGUCUGUGUACCGCGAAGACUGUACGCAGUGCUUCGACUCAAUAGACGAGCCCAGUGGCCUGGACGUCUGCCUCUACUGUUUCAACGGUGGCUGUAAUGGCGAGCGCAACCACGGCCAUCUCCACUACCAAACCCGCAAACACCCCCUCGUCCUGAACAUCCGCCAGACCAAGAAGAAGGUGAAGCGCGAUGAACCUCCCCAGAAGAUGUCGAAACUGGCAAUUGCCGCCGAGACCGAAGCGGACCGUUACGAUACGACGACACAAGUCAAAUGCCAUGAGUGCGGCGUCGACGACGUGGACAAGACGGCUGGCAAAUUGCCACAGGUUGUCGAUGCUGUGCUCAAGGCCAACACAUUUGCGAGGCAGGAAGAGGUCAAGGCUUGGGAACAGGAGAUGAUUCCUUGCGAGCAUACGCUGUGCCUGGAGCAGGAUGCGCCGAAAAAGAUUGAGUCCCAGGAUCUUGGCCACUGCUCCAUGUGCGACCUCAAGGAGAACCUUUGGCUCUGCUUGACCUGUGGCAACCUUGGAUGUGGCCGCGCGCAGUAUGGUGGCAUUGGCGGGAACUCGCACGGCCUGGCCCACACGGACAAUACUAAGCACCCUGUGGCUGUGAAGCUCGGAUCCCUCACGGCCGAUGGCACAGCGGACAUUUAUUGUUACGCUUGUAACGAGGAGCGCGUGGACCCCGAGCUUACUGCGCAUCUUGCUCAUUGGGGUAUUGACAUUGCCGGUCGGGAGAAGACCGAGAAGAGCUUGACAGAGAUGCAGAUUGAGCAGAACUUGCGGUGGGAAUUCUCCAUGACCUCAGAAGAUGGCAAGGAGCUGAAACCCCUCUUCGGCGCUGGAUUUACGGGCCUGAAGAACCUCGGUAACAGCUGUUACCUGGCUAGUGUUCUACAGGCAUUGUUCGACAUGCCGGAGUUUAGGGAUCGUUAUUACCAUCCUAAUGAGGCCCCGCCGCAAGCAGAUUUCCCCGCCGAGGAUCUCGAGACACAACUUCGGAAGCUGGCUGACGGCUUACUUUCUGGAAGAUACUCGAAGCCUGACAGCGACGUCAUUGCGUCGGAGCAUUCACCAGAAGUACCUCACCAGAAAGGCUUGGCACCGGCAAUGCUCAAGCAUCUCAUUGGAAGAGGCCACCCGGAGUUUUCUACCAUGCGUCAGCAAGACUCUUUCGAACUUUUGCUUCACCUGUUGAAGUUGGUUACCCGGUCACAGCAUCCAGCCCCAUUGAAAGAUCCCGUGGACGCCUUCCGCUUUGCCAUGGAACAGAAGUUGCAAUGUCUGAAGUGCAAGAAGGUUCGCUACAGGACCGAUGAGAUGGAAAACAUUUCCAUUCCUGUACCCAUCAAAAGGAUUCCCAAGGAAGACAAGAUGGAAGUCACAGAUGCGCAAGGCAAGGAGAAGCCCAAGGAGGAGUUUGAACAUGUCACGCUGAAGGAGUGUCUUGACAUAUUCACCGCAUCUGAGGUGGUUGAGUUGACGUGCGCAUCUUGCGGUAGUAAGGAUGGCUUUGCGAAGCAGAGCUUGUUCAAGACUUUCCCUGAUAUCCUAGCAGUCAACGCCCGGCGCUUCGAGCUCGUCAACUGGGUCCCGACAAAGUUGGAUGUGCCGGUUGUUGUUAGUGAUGAGCCUUUCUCUUUUGAUGCUUACAAAUCUGCUGGCAUCCAGGAGGGCGAAGAGCUCCUUCCAGAAGAUGCAGAUGAGGGUGCGUCGAACAAGUUUGUUCCUAAUGAGGUUGCUUUGUCUAUGCUUCAGGAGAUGGGCUUUCCUCGUGUGCGCUGCGAAAAGGCGCUGCAUGCCACUGGUAAUGAGGAUCCCGAGGCUGCAUCUAACUGGCUGUUCUCUCAUAUGGACGACCCCGACAUUGAUGUUCCUGUCGACCUUGGCGGCUCCGGAAACACUACCAAGGGUGGAGCGACGGUGGUCGACGCUGGUCAAAUCGAAAUGAUGACGGCCAUGGGCUUCUCCGAGCCGCAAGCACGCCAGGCCCUGAAGGAGACGAACAACGACCCAGAACGUGCGGUUGAUUGGCUGUUCAACCACCCCGAAGCCACGGGCGACUUUGGUGACGACGCUGGCGCCGAGGCACCGGCAGAGCCCAAGGAAAAGACUAUCCCCGGUAGCGACAAGCUGCCAGCUAACUUCCAGCUGCAGUCGAUUGUGUGUCACAAGGGAAGCUCGAUCCACGCCGGGCACUACGUAGCGUUCGUCCGCAAGCAAGUGCCCGGCGAGGCGUCGGCGGCCUGGGUGCUCUUCAACGACGAAAAGGUCGCCAAGGCGUCUGACGUUGACGAGAUGAAGAAGUUCGCAUACGUUUACUUUUUCAGGCGGGUGUGA